AGUCCCGGGUGGUGACCGAGUCCCACCCACUCCCCGCGGCUGCUGUUCUGGUCAGCACAACCUUUCACCCUGCUGCGGGAUGAGCAGAGCGGCGGCCUGCCCGGGAACCUAUGGAGGAGCAGGCGCGGCCGCCGAGCCGCCCGGCUGCGAGUGCAACCUUGCCGGGUAGCGCACAUCCCGGAGGGGCGGCUUCCACGGCCACCGCGGCCGCGCUGUCGUUCAGCUCCGUAGCCACCGUAACGCUGGGAAACCAGAGCGAUGCGGGCAGGCCGGAGGCGGCUGGGUCUCGGGGACCGGCACCGCUGCUUUGGCACGGGGCAGCAGUGGCCGCCCAGGCGCUCGUGCUCCUGCUCAUCUUCUUACUGUCUAGCCUGGGAAACUGCGCGGUGAUGGGGGUGAUCGUGAAGCACCGGCAGCUGCGCACGGUCACCAACGCCUUCAUCCUAUCGCUGUCCCUGUCGGACCUGCUCACUGCGCUGCUCUGCUUACCCGCCGCCUUCCUCGACCUGUUUGCGCCGCCGGGAGACUCGGGGCCCUGGCGCAGCUUCUGCGCCGCCAGCCGCUUCUUCAGUUCGUGUUUCGGCAUCGUCUCCACGUUCAGCGUGGCGCUCAUCUCGCUGGACCGCUACUGCGCCAUCGUGCGGCCGCCGCGGGACAAGCUAGGCCGGCGGCGCGCGCUGCAGCUGCUGGCCGGAGCGUGGCUGGCUGCGCUCGGCUUCUCCCUGCCCUGGGAGCUGCUCCGGGCACCCCGGGAGCCCCCGACUCCGCAGAGCUUCCACCGCUGCCUUUACAGAACCUCCCCAGACCCUGCGCAGCUGGGCGCCGCUUACAGCGUGGGGCUGGUGGUGGCUUGCUACCUGCUGCCCUUCCUGCUGAUGUGUUUCUGCCGCUACCACAUCUGCAAGACUGUGCGCCUGUCGGACGUGCGUGUGCGGCCGAUGACCACCUAUGCGCGCGUGCUGCGCUUUUUCAGCGAGGUGCGCACGGCCACCACCGUGCUCAUCAUGAUUGUCUUUGUCAUCUGCUGCUGGGGCCCCUACUGCUUCCUGGUGUUGUUGGCUGCUACCCGGCAGGGUCAGACCACACAGGCUCCCUCGCUGCUCAAUGUGGCAGCUGUUUGGCUGACCUGGGCCAAUGGAGCUAUCAACCCGGUCAUAUAUGCCAUCCGCAACCCUAACAUUUCUAUGUUCCUAGGUCGCAACCGCGAAGAGGGAUAUAGGACUAGAAACAUGGAUGUUUUUUUGCCUAGCCAAGGCCUAGGUUUUCAGGCCAGAAGUCGCAAUCGCCUUCGAAAUGGCUGUGCCAACAGGCUUGGGGCUUGCAGCAGGAUGCCUUCUUCCAACCCCGCUAGUGGGUCAGGAGGGGAAGUGGUCAUGUGGGCUCGAAAAAACCCAGUUGUGCUCUUCUUCCGAGAGGAUCCACCAGACCCAGUUAUGGCAGUCUACAAACAGCAUAAAUCUGAAACCAGGGACAGUAGCAUCUAAGAAGGGUUGGGGUGGACCGCUUGUAAUAGCAAAUUUCCACUUGUCUCAUUGAAUGAUGCGGGAAUCCGGGGAGAAUCGUUUAUUUCAUAAAGCCAAACAUUUAAAGCUAAAAAGACAGAAGUGGGAGAGUUACCGCUUCAUUCUCAAACAUAAAAGACGUAAAAGGACAUUCCCUUUUUUCAAAAGUGGCCAAAGGAAUGUGAAAUGCAAAAAUUAAAAUAAUCUUAAACCACAAAACCAAGCAUUGUAAGGUGUAAGUGCUAAAAAGCAACAAAAAAUAAAAUUCACAGUUUCUGAAGAGCUCAUGUUACAGGAAUCACACUGUGAGACAAAAAUCACUGAACUGAACUUAACAGUUGUAUUCAAAUACUGUUUGCUUUGUUUUGUUUUGUUUUGUUGUUUGCUUGUUUUUAACGAACGAAGGCCCUUAGAUCUGAUUGAAGGCCCCUGUACUUUCACCAGCAUUCGGCAAAACUUCAGAUUCUAGAGCCUGCACGUCUGACCUGCUCUGGGUGCUUAGAGCAGAAACAUCAUUACAAAGACUGAGGCACUCUCCCUCCCAGAAUUUUUGUGCAAGAUUUUAAACUUAGAGUUUAUUUUAAACCACUUCUGGAUUUUUGUAAAGGUCGUUUGAUACUAGAUAGAACUCAGCGGCCCAAAGGGCAAAGUGAACAUACUGCAGCUGUUUAAACAGAAGUCUAAUCUUAUACAUAAAAACCAAUGUUUCUUCUAAGACUAUUUUAGCCCCCAAAUUACCUGUCUUCUUCCUGUGCUGCCUGUGUUCUUCCUCUAACCUGUUCUUGUUUGAUAGCUUGUAGGGAUACCACUCCAAAUGUUUUAAUAAUAAUAAUAAUAAUAAUAAUAAUAAUAAUAAUAAUAACUUUCAUACUAGAAAAUCCUUCUCUAUUGGGGUAACUUUUUUCAUAGAGUCCAAACUGUAAUUUGAAAUCAAAUUCUUUGAAUAUAGUGAGUGAUGCUAAGUAUGUAUGUAGGCAUAUAUGUUACACAUACAUAUUAUACAUGUAGUACCGGUUUUCCUAUUUAGCCUUUAACUGCCAAAUGUGAUUCCAAAUGGAAUUCUAAAAGUAGUUGGAAAAGUAUGACCACGUUCUUGGAAUAGCCACAGAGUAUCCUAAGAGGACCUUCUAUUUAGAAGGUAGAGUAUGCUUUAGUAGCAGACCCCUGCUGUACAGGUAUGCUUGUGUAGAAUAUUAUAGUCAUCAUUAGAAAGAGAAUUGAUUUGGGGUUACAAGGCAGGAUAAAAGUCUAUUGGCACAAGGUUGGAGAGAUACCUCAAGCCAACUGAAAAUAUUUUCAGAAACUUGCAAAAAAAAUUUAUACUAACUCAGAAGCACAAUCUAAGCUUUGUACAUGUGAAAUUUCUCACACAGAAUGUCACUUUGGACUUUCUUGCCUUCCUGAUUCUGCUUCUUUUUCAUCCAGUAUUGCAUAGCUUUAAUAAGCACUUUAAAAAGUAUGAAAAUGCAUCCGUUAUGUGAAGGCUUUGCAGAUCUAGCCUGCGUUGCGUAAAAUGUAAAGCAUUUAAGAUAUUCAUUCUUACAUAAAUCUCUGUGUGACAGGUGAGUGUGCAACACUAUUUUGUAAUCACAGAUGGAAAUAGAUGAUUCCUGUCUUGACCAGCCAA